UCAAUGUAGCUACAGUUCAAUGCGAAGGAUAGCCCUGACUAGGCAUAAGGUAGUCCACACAGGAGAGAAACCUUUCCACUGUCUGCAGUGUAAUUUCAAAGCUGCUUUCAAGUCUAACCUCCUCAAGCACAUCAGAGUCUCUCACGGUUCUGAAGAUGUUAGCCCUAAAAGUAAAAUUGGAAGUGACGAACAAGAAAGACCUGCCAGUGAUGAAUCUCAAAAUGAAGACAACAUCUCUUGUGGUAUCAAGGACGAUGGUGAUGGUACCACAGCAAUCACUGACACCGCCAGUUGCGAUUUGUCAGAGACAGAAGACGACAAUUCGCAAGGACUGACAGCAAUGGAAUCUGCAGAAGACGGUGGGCCCAAGAAUAAAGACUCGACGUCCAGCACGGCACAAGAAGCUGCAAAGCCCAGAAGGAAGCCCGGCAGAAGUUGGCAUCUUUUCCUCUGCGAAAAUUGUGAUUAUUCCACACAUCGUAAGGACAGCCUGGUACGACACAUGAUCACCCAUUCUGGAAUGAAACCCUUCAAAUGCAAGCAGUGUAAGUACAAGGCUGCCGACAAGUCCAACCUCAUCAAACACCUCCGGAAACACUUGAAGAACGUCAAGAUGAAGUACAGGUGUAAGGACUGCGACUAUGAAACGACUGUGAGGUCUGAGUUCGUUGUCCACAAGAUGAGCCACGUUAAGACAUUCUCCUGCGACGAGUGUAGCUACACUUCUCACCGACAAUUUGACAUCGUCAGACACAAGAUCAGUCAUUCGGGCGAGAAGCCCUAUCUGUGCGACGAGUGUGGGUUCCGAAGUGGGGACAAGUCCAACCUCCAGGGGCACAAAAAGACGCAGCACCAAUUCUGCAUGUGCGAAGUCUGCGGCUUCACUACCACCAAGACUGCUGAGAUGAGUCGACACAAGAAGAUCCACACGAGUCUCGAAAAGGAACCAGAAGACAGCUCUGCCCAACGUAACGACGAGACAAAUCAUUUUCAGUACAAGUGCGGGGAAUGCAAGUACAGGACAAGUUUCAUUGGGCACAUGAAGAAUCAUAUAAAGUCGCACAAGGUGAACUGUCCGUUUGUGUGCCAAGAAUGUGGCUACCGGACGCCGCUCAAAUAUAACCUACAAAAGCACAUGAUCGGACACACCGCGGUCAAACCCUUCCGCUGUCACAUCUGUGGAUACCAGACGGCUCGCUCGAGUGACUUCAGGAGACAUGAGAGAACGCACACGGGCGAGAAACCCUACAUGUGCAUGGACUGUGAUUUCAGGACUGGGGAUAACUCUUGCUUAACAAAACACAUGGCAACUAUUCAUAAGAAAGGGAGUGGGGUAUCAUAACUGUGGAAUGGACACAUUGUUUGAAAUCUGUGUCAUACUUGAGACUUUUGUACACAAUAUAGAGAUUCUUUUCAUGCAGACUUGAUAUUUGAUCCCUGAUAUUUGAGACAGAGGUCGCUCUUAAUAUUUUUGUUCUUAUUCCACCAGGAUAGGAGUGAAGUAAUGUUUUUGGCCUGUCUGUGUGUUGUUUCUGUGUGAUCUGCUAGAGGGAGCAACUUGUAGUAUGUUUCUGUGUAUGUUAUGGGUUCUUUGUCUAUGGUUUUCUUGUGUAAAAACUG